AUGACUUCCAGAUACUUCUUUCGUACUUUUCGUCGUUUACUUCUAUUUUCAUCUUUUCAUACCCCUUUAUCGUUUCGAAAUAAUCGUCUUCUUUGGACUUCAUUGGGUACAGCUGCUGUACUGAGUACAACUGUUUAUAAAAUAUCCCCAUUUGAAAAAUUUUCUCGUUCAUUUAUUGUUCAUGCAAAAGCACUUGAAAAAGAUUUACCUCACAGUGAAAAACAAUUAUUUCAAGCUGCUCAUGAUGGUCGAUUAGAAAUUCUUCAACAAUUAAUUGAACAAGAAAAACUUGAUGUUAAUCUUCGACAUCCACUUGGUUGGACACCUCUUCUUGUUGCUGUUAUAAAUAAUCAAAUUGAUUGUGUAAAAUAUUUACUUUCAAAAGGUGCUGAUCCAAAUCAAUCUGAUGAAUAUACUAAUAUACAAUCAAUGGCAAAAAAACUUCAUUGGAAUCCAAUACAUGUUCAUACAAAACGUGAAGAAGAAUUUUGUAAUCGUCUUUCAUCUCGAGCAACAUUUAAUGGUUUUACAGCACUUCAUUAUGCUGUAUUAAAUGAUAAUUUAUCUAUAAUAAAUAUUUUAAUUGAAAAUGGUGCUGAUCCUUUAAUUGAAAAUGAACAAGGACAUUUACCAUCUGCAUAUGCAUUACCACAACGUAAAGAAUUAUUAAGUCAAUUUGAAAAAAAUGCAAAAAAAUUACAUGAAGAUAGAAUGAAAAUUGAAAGACGACGAAGGCCACUUGAAAUUCGAAUAAAAGAAUAUAUUGUUGGACAAAAUUAUGCUAUAUCAACAGUUUGUGCUGCUAUACGACGAAAAGAAUCUGGUUGGACAAGUGAUGAAUCACCAUUAGUAUUCCUUUUUCUUGGUUCAUCUGGUGUUGGUAAAACUGAAUUAGCUAAACAAAUAGCAAAAUAUUUAAAUGGUGAAAAAAAUCAAAAUCGUUGUUUUAUACGUAUUGAUAUGAGUGAAUAUCAAGAAAAACAUGAAGUAUCAAAAUUAAUUGGUGCACCACCUGGAUAUGAAAAAGGUGGACAAUUAACUGAUGCAUUAAAAAAAUGUCCAGCAGCUGUUGUACUUUUUGAUGAAGUCGAUAAAGCACAUCCGGAUGUUUUAACAGUUAUGUUACAAUUAUUUGAUGAAGGACGUUUAACGGAUGGAAAAGGAAAAACAAUUGAUGGUAAACAAGCAAUUUAUGUAAUGACAUCAAAUUUAGCUAGUGAAGAAAUUGCUAAUUAUGCACAAGAUUUAAGACGAGAAGAAGAAAAAAAACCACCAUUAGUUAAUGGUACUAUGACAUCAGAUGAUACUAAUCAACAACAAGAAGAUGAUGGAAAAAGUCGUAUAACUGUAUCGAAACAAUUUAAAGAUAAAGUUGUUAAACCAAUAUUAAAAAGACAUUUUCGUCGUGAUGAAUUUCUUGGACGAAUAAAUGAAAUGGUUUAUUUUUUACCAUUUUCAAAAAGUGAAAUAAAUAAAUUACUUCUAAAAGAACUCGAAUUUUGGAAAAAACGAGCUAAAGAACAACAUAAUAUUGAUAUUAUUUGGGAUCGUAAAGCUCUUGAUUGUUUAGCUGAUGGUUAUGAUAUUAAUUAUGGAGCUCGAUCACUUAAACAUGAGGUUGAACGAUCUGUUGUUAAUCAAUUAGCUGCUGCACAUGAACAAGGUUUAAUUGAAAGUGGUAAUCAAAUAUUACUAACAGCACAAGAAAAUCUUUUUCAUACACCAUUUUCAAGUGGAUCAGAAUCUGAACCAAUAAGUCAAUCAGUUAAAUUACAAAAAGUUGAAACAACAGGUGGACGAGGUUUAAUCAGUGGUCUUUUUAAUAGUACAAAUAACAAUAAUCAAGCAACAAAUGUAACUUAUACCGAUAUUAAACCUGAAGAUCAUCUUAAAACAUACCAAUUUUAA